CGAACGCGCCGCGGCAGCCAUGUUGAUCGUGGCUAGCACAGGGGCCGGCACCAGGGGAUUAUAGAAGCAGGUGUCAUGAUGUUGUCCGCGGUGUUGAGGAGAACCGCGCCGGCGCCGCGGCUCUUCGUAGGGUUACUCAAGUCUCCCUCGCUCCAAAGCCCGGGAAGUGCUUAUGGCCGGAGCGUAACCAUUGGAGACCGCGGAGAGCCGCAGCGGCUGAGAGCUGCCGCCUGGGUGCGCCCUGGAGUAUCUUCUAUCUUAUUCCCUGGACGGGGGGCAGCCACCGGGGGGCGCCAUGGAGAAAGCACGGAGAGUUCAUGCCUGGCUGCCGCCUUCUGGGGACACGGCCCUAGCCCCGAAGAAACACUCCAGGGACAGGACAGCUGGAAUGGGGUCCCCAACAAGGCGGGACUGGGCAUGUGGGCCUUGGCCACGGCGCUGGUGGUUCAUUGCUACAACAAGAGUCCUUCCAACAAGGAUGCAGCUCUGAUGGAAGCUGCCCGUGCCAACAAUGAGCAGGAAGUCAGAAGGCUGUUGUCAGAAGGUGCAGAUGUCAACGCAAGACAUAAACUUGGCUGGACAGCAUUGAUGGUGGCAGCCAUCAGCCGAAAUGACAGUGUGGUACAGGUCCUGCUUGCUGCUGGAGCUGACCCAAACCUUGGGGAUGACUUCAGCAGUGUCUACAAGACUGCUAAGGAACAGGGAAUCCAUUCUCUGGAAGUGUUGCCAGAGCAAGAAAAGAAGAGAAUGCAAGGGGCUAAGUCUGGUACAACAUCCGGCUCUGCUUCUCUGUCUGUACUGGAUUCUUUCCUUGGCUCAAUGAGGGAAGAACAGGCACUCACUCGGGUUCUGGUUCUCAUCGCUGUCCUAGUCACUCGAGAGGAUGACUUCAACAACCGGCUAAACAACCGUGCUAGUUUCAAAGGCUGCACAGCCCUGCACUAUGCUGUCCUGGCUGAUGACUACCGCAUCGUCAAGGAGCUGCUGGAUGGAGGAGCCAACCCCCUUCAGAGGAAUGAGAUGGGACACACACCGUUGGAUUAUGCCCGGGAAGGGGAAGUUAUGAAGCUUCUGAAAACUUCCGAGACCAAGUACAUGGAGAAGCAGAGGAAGCGUGAGGCAGAAGAGAGGCGCCGCUUCCCGCUAGAGCAGCGACUGAAGGAACACAUCAUUGGCCAGGAGAGUGCCAUUGCCACCGUGGGUGCUGCGAUCCGGAGGAAGGAGAAUGGCUGGUACGACGAGGAGCACCCUCUGGUCUUCCUCUUCUUAGGAUCAUCUGGAAUAGGGAAAACUGAGCUGGCCAAGCAGACUGCCAAGUAUAUGCACAAAGAUGCCAAAAAGGGCUUCAUUCGGCUCGACAUGUCUGAGUUCCAGGAGCGACAUGAGGUAGCCAAGUUUAUUGGGUCUCCACCAGGCUACAUCGGCCAUGAAGAGGGAGGCCAGCUGACCAAGAAGCUAAAACAGUGCCCCAAUGCAGUAGUCCUCUUUGAUGAAGUGGACAAGGCCCAUCCAGAUGUGCUCACCAUCAUGCUGCAGCUGUUUGAUGAGGGCCGCCUGACAGAUGGCAAGGGGAAGACCAUUGACUGCAAGGAUGCCAUCUUCAUCAUGACUUCCAAUGUAGCCAGCGAUGAGAUUGCCCAGCAUGCACUGCAGCUGAGGCAGGAAGCUUUGGAGAUGAGCCGAAAUCGAAUUGCUGAAAACCUUGGGGACGUCCAGAUUAGUGACAAGAUCACCAUCUCAAAGAACUUUAAGGAGAAUGUGAUCCGCCCCAUCCUGAAAGCUCACUUCCGGAGAGAUGAGUUUCUGGGACGAAUCAAUGAGAUCGUCUACUUCCUCCCUUUUUGCCACUCAGAGCUCAUCCAGCUGGUCAACAAGGAACUGAACUUCUGGGCCAAGAGAGCCAAGCAGAGACACAACAUCACACUGCUGUGGGACCGAGAGGUGGCAGAUGUGUUGGUUGAUGGCUACAAUGUCCACUAUGGCGCCCGCUCCAUCAAGCAUGAGGUAGAGCGCCGUGUGGUAAACCAGCUGGCAGCAGCCUAUGAGCAGGACCUAUUACCAGGAGGCUGCACUCUGCGAAUCACUGUGGAGGACUCAGACAAGCAACUCCUCAAGAGCCCCGAGCUGCCCUCACCUGAGGCUGAGAAGCGUCCACCCACACUGCGUCUGGAGAUCAUUGAUAAGGACAGCAAGACCCGAAAACUGGACAUCCGGGCACCACUCCUCCCCGAGAAGGUGUGCUACACCAUCUAGCAUCCACCUGCCUGUAUGUACCCUGAACAUCUAAUAAAGGCCCCUUGCUGUGGCAUGGCAACUGA